CGCGCGUUGGUCCCGUGACGCCGGUUGCCGUGGCGAGGCGUGCGCGCUCCACCCGCCCGACCCCCGACCCCAAACCCGGCGCCGCUCUGGGCUGCCCGGCCAUGGCGGCGGAGGAGGAGGAGGCCGACGUGGAGUGGGUGGUAGACAGCAUCGCCGGGUUCCUCCGCGGGCCCGCCUGGUCCGUCCCCGUGUUGGAGUUCAUGGAGCAGAAGUGCGAGGUUUUUGACGAUGAAGAAGAAAGCAAGUUGUCUUACACAGAAAUUUAUCAGGAAUACCAAGCACUGGUUGAAAAAUUAUUAGAAGGCUAUCUUACAGAAGUUGGCAUUACUGAAGAGAAAUUUCAGGAAGCUUUUUCAUCUCCUCUUGCAAAGACUCACACUUCACAGGCCAUUUUGCAGACAGUGCUGGCAGCAGAAGAUUUUAGACUAUUUAAAAAAAUGAUGGUACAGAAAAAUAUUGAAAUGCAAUUGCAAGCCAUUAGAGUCAUGAAAGAAAGAAAUGGUGUGUUGCCUGACUGUUUGACAGAGGGUUCAGAUGUAUUCAGUGAAAUUGAACAAGAAGAAAUGAAAAUACUCAGGGAGGUUCUAAGGAAAUCUAAGGAAGAAUAUGAAAUAGAGCAAGAAAGGAGACGGAUGGAAGAAGCACGUGCUAAAUGCAAAUCACCAGCUGUGACCAGUUCUCCAGGAGAUUCAAGAGAAACUGUAAAAGUUAAGGAGUCUACUGAGGGAGCUGAUGGUUCUGAAGAAACUCCAAAGUUAUCAUUAGAGGAAUCUCGGCAAUCUGCAAGGGCAGACUUAAAACCAGUCCGCCCACCACAGAAAGGCCCAGAGAGCUUACUUCAGCCCACCAAAGGGAAGGAGGACAUGAAGAAAAGAGCAUCUGGAAAACGUGCAGAAAGUGCAGCACAGAAAGCUGCACCAGAAGGACAUAAUACCCCAGAACUUGACGAGCAGCAGCUGAGACAACGGGAAGACUAUCUUAAGAAAAAACGAGAUAUGCUGAUAGCUGCAAAGAAAGAGUCAAGAAAUAAUAUAAUACCACCCACGAACACAGACCAGAAGGAGGAGGAACCAUCUCCCAAAGAGGAAGUUUCAGAAGAGAAGCAAAAAUUACUGCAGAAGAGGAAAGUGCUCGCAGAAAAACUAAAAGAAGAAGUUAUUAAUAAGCGGUAAUUGUAAGAAGCUCAUUGCAGAUCUCAAGAACAUAGGCAUCUUUUAGAAUAAAUUGUAACCAAUAAUGGAACGGGUUUGUUUUCAAGUAUCUCGCACUUGUUUUUAUAGAGCUUUCAGACAACUCACUCUGUACUUUGUAUAAAAUAUUUGAAGUUAUGCUGAAAUACAUUGAAAACAGGUUUUCCAGAAUGAUGAAAACUCACUGAUUUUCACUGGAACGUGCUCAACAGUGAGGCAGUUUCACAGCCUCAGCCACUCAAAUGUACAACAAAAGCAAAUAUUUAUCUGUUAAAAUAAUAGCUAAAAAAUGGGAACGAACAGAUUUGAAUAACUUUUUCUAAAGAUUAUAGAAUUUGGUUCGUUAGAAUAUCAGAAAUAAACUAUUAUUUUGGGCUGUAAUGGAGUCUGAGUUCACAUGGAAGUGCUAUUGUGACCAUCUUGUAUUUGAAGGAACAGCUCAUGCAGCAUGAAGUGAGGAGAGCUGGAGGUUACGCUGCUGUACACACCUUCCAGGCCACUUACCUGUACCAUAGAUCCAAGUUUGCUGUGAAUAAGUUAAAGAACAAAACAGAAGUAAGAACUAGGAACAUCACCAGAGCAAUUUGGUUCCAAAGUCAAGUCUUUAAACAAAUCAUUUACCAGUUUGUCUUUGGCAGACUUAAAAUGAAGCACGGGAGAGGGUGCCCUUAGCACAUUGUUGACUGUAACUCUGACAUUAAAAGAAACAGCCCAACCACUUCAAAUUCCGUGUAGCUUUUUAUUAAAAUAGCAUUUAUAACUGAUACAUGUUGGCAGAUGUUCUUUACUUUUCCCAAAGGAGUGGUAGUGGAAGGGCCCCGGCAGGAUCCGUGCAGGGGAAGCAGCCGUGGGCGACCCCUGGGGGCCGAGAUGCGAGGUGACAGCCCCAGCCGUGAGCUGCACAGCUCAAUGCUCCUUGGUACAGUUUUUCUAGUAGCUGCAAAAGUUGGUAAUGUUCUUGUUUUUGCUGUUGGAAAAAAACUCGUGCUGGUCUGAAGCAUUUUUUAAGCUCCUGAUGGUACUUGAGGAGAGAGCUGACGUGGUGGGGAGCACUGAGUGAGCACUGACACGCUUCAGUCAGAGCCUGAGAGGAGCUGCCUCGGGUAGCUGUUCAGAGCAUCAGGACAGCCCGGGUCCACGGGCCAGGUAACAGUUUUUCAGCCUUAGGUUAGUAAAGGCACACGGUGCAACUCUGCUGCUUGAGUAGCACUGGAGGUGGUUUAUCAUCUUUACUGAUGGAGAAAAGACUCGAGAAGAAAGAGAGACAGUGGUCAGCGGGAGAGCAAGCACGCACCAGCAAUACUGCAGGCAGCUCUGCUUUGACCAGUGAGGGACAUUCAGAUCCUCCAUGUCCAGAGCUGAGGGCGCAGCACCGCCAUCCCCAGGUCCACACGAGUGCCAUCCAGCAGCACCUGGCUCAGAGGUGGGAAGAACUCAGGUGUUCUCUACUAGCACAGAGUCACUACCACAACUGCACCACAGCUAUUCUUAAAGAAUGUUGGAAAAUGACCACAUUUAAAAUCCUGAGUUAACUUACCGUGUACAACAAACCAAACAAAAGCAGUAAUUAUGGAAUUACAGGGUCACAUUUUAAUUCCUGAAUUGUACAGUUCAGCAUUAAUAUCACCACGUGUAUACAAAUGGUGUAAAACAAGUACAGUGGUAUUUUUAAUACAAAAUAAACUUCUGUUUUAUGGAAAAACUAUACUUCAUAUCUACACAGACAGCCCAUCUUUUUCCAAACGAUAGCUAAAAUUAAAAUUAACUACAAAAUCUCCAAAACAGAGAAACUGCUUCAGUUCAGACUAUUCCAGGAGAAAUGGACCCAUAACACAUUACAAGAGUGAUCUACGUGGUGGACUGCAGCUGGUUUCGUAGCUCAUUCUUUUUUAAACAUUUCUGACAUCACGCGGUGGGAAGUUUCCUCUCCCUUCUUCAUGAUCUCAGACCACAUAUGGGCAAACUAACAUUAAAAUAUUUACAGUUCGCUUUCUGUUCUUGAAAUAAAACCCUGGACCGUUUGCCUCUCUCAGCUCACCUAGCUUGGCUGCGGUUCAUUUACCUACGUGGAAUGUACUUUUAUUUUCUAUCUUUAAAAAGCAGCUUUCAUCUCGCACCCAGACGGAGGUGCUGCCUGCUGAUUCUGCCCCAAAGACCGCUCUUCUGCUCCUAGAAUUCCACCUUGGUCCGAACAGACUUGGCUGUUAAACGCCACUAAACUCAUCACUAAGAAAAACCCGUUAGUGUUUCUCAAUACCACCUCAGCUACGCAAUUUCAAGUCGCAAACAGGGAAAUCUGCUCUGAGAAGCUGCAGCUCGUUUUAAUGAAGCAGAAAAUGAUUCCGAUUCCGUGUCUUCCACAGCCAACAGCUCUGCGCGUGCUGUGAAGCAGCGCCGUGACACAGCAGUCCCUGCAGAUGUUUGGGAAGCAGUCAGUCCUUGGCUUAGUUAUUACUGGAUAUCUAAUGGGGGGGCUGGGGGGAACAAAAAGAAAAACAACGACCAACCAAGCAGAACCAUCUAUUCUGCAUCCAGCUUCCGUUUUAUCCUCUUGGAAAAUAGAAAUUAAAACUGAUUUUUAAUUGUUUUUUUAAAAAAACAAAAACAAAACAACUCAGCAUGCACUAAAAAUGCAGUGUCCCUCCCUCCGACCACAAGAAAUUUCAUUUGUAAUAAAUGGUCCCAAAAAUCUAGAUUGUUCUUAUGCAAAUACAGUUAGUUUUCCCUUAAUUUUUUUUUUUUUUUCAUUUUUUCAGUUUUUUUUCUUAAAGAGGCAUUGCUAAAAGAACACAAUGUGACAGCACCAUUACAAAAUUAAGAUUACCGGGUUCAAAAUUUAAGCCUGAUUUUUUUUUUUUUUCCUAGUUCUGUUAAACACUGGGGAAACCCUGCAAUAGUUUUUUUUUUUAGAAAUCGUUCCCUUCCCCCCCACGCCCUCCCAACACCUGAGACUUUCCUUGCUGAGAAGCCAUCAUCCAGGUUCUGUGAAUACUAACCCAUUUUUUUUUUUUCUUUUUCUUUUUUUUUUUUUUUCUUGACAGCCUGAAUGGCAGACUCCUUACUUACUA